GAGUAGGAGUCACACAGCAGACAUCUGACAGUUCUCUCCUCCCUGCUUAUCUCGCUGCUUCUUCUUCUCCUCACCAUUCUCUCUACACCUGAUCCCUACAUGCUGACACUCUCCUGUGAGUGACACAAAUCACCAGUAACAGAACAUCAGGUCUUACAAUGACCUAGUCCAGAGGUCGUUCUUAACUGUUCGGUUAGUCCAGAGGAAUACAACAUUUUCAGAAAAUGGAGGACUAUCUGCGCCUUCUCUACCUAAAUGUGUCCGGACGUCUGGGCCCCAACUGGGAACGUGAGGACCCUUGUACAGACUCUGUUGGCAAUGUAACCUUCCUAGUGGUGGCAUACAGUGCUCUCAUAGCCGUGGGGCUUAUUGGAAACUCUUGCCUGGUCUUUGUUAUUGCUCGUCAGCGGGAAAUGCGGAAUGUCACAAACAUUUUUAUCGCCAACCUGUCCUGCUCUGAUAUACUUAUGGCUCUGGUGUGCCUUCCCGUCACUGUAAUCUACACUCUUAUGAACCGCUGGAUCCUUGGCGAAGCACUCUGCAAAGUCACACCAUUUGUACAGUGUAUCUCUGUCACAGUCUCUGUACUGUCACUGGUCCUCAUUGCUUUGGAAAGGCACCAGCUCAUUAUUCACCCAACCGGUUGGAAGCCCUUGCCAUGGCAUGCUUACCUUGCCGUUGCUGUAACCUGGGCGGUAUCGUGUUUCAUUUCCUUGCCAUUCCUUUCCGUCAGCAUUCUAACCAAGCACCCAUUUCAGAACCUUUCAUUGCCGUUUGAUCCUUUCAUUGACCAUUAUGUUUGUACUGACAGUUGGCCUUCUGAGCACCACCGCCUGGCUUACACCACCUGUCUCCUGCUCUUCCAAUACUGCCUUCCCCUGCUACUCAUUCUUUUGUGUUACCUUCGUAUCUUUCUGCGGCUGCGGAGGAGAAGAGAUGUGGUGGAAAGAGCAGGUGGUGGGGAUUCUGGAGGACGUCGGGGAGGUCACCGCAGGGUAAAUGUCAUGCUACUUUCCAUUGUGGUAGCAUUUGGUCUUUGUUGGCUUCCCCUCACUGUUUUCAAUGCUCUCUUCGAUUGGGACCACGAGCGCAUCUCUGCCUGCUACCACAAUCUCAUAUUCUCUCUCUGCCACCUCUCAGCCAUGGCGUCCACUUGUGUCAAUCCUGUCAUGUAUGGUUUCCUCAACAGCAACUUCCAAAAAGAAGUGAAGACCUUGCUACUCCGCUGCCGGUGUGCAGGGGGUCGGGACCGAUAUGAGAGUUUUCCACUCUCCACCGUCAGCACCGAGGUGUCUAAAGCUUCUCUGCAAAGUGUGACCAAUGGGAACAAUGUAUAAAGCGGGCUGUUAGGAAUCAGGUGUGGACAAUCUGGUGGUGUUCUGAACUGGAGCGGUAAAGUGUAACUGUCUUUCAAUUCCAUGCCCGAGGGUCAAAAUGCUGCUUCUUGGUUCUGCUAUUCGCUGCAAGUAUGCGGCACUUUUGUUGUUUACGUGGCCUCAAAGACUUUACUAAAAAACUUUUUUUUUCACUAAUAUUAUUAGCCCAGCAUCCAACAGCAUGCACACCUGUGUUAGUGAGCCCUGAACAUCUACCUGUCUUUUAUUAGAUAUUGCUGCGGAAAUUCAGAGGUGAGAAAUACUGUAAUAAUAUCCACCACAUUGAACUUGGAUUUCUUUGCUUUGCUACCAUAUAGCUUAAAUAUCUCUUAAGGAAACAAAGACACAGGUAGUCAGGAUAUACCACAAGCUAUUUUUGAUCCUCACUAGAGACUUGCACCAUAAGCAGCUCACUGCAAAUAUCCCCCCAAAGGUGGACAGUUCCUUCACAACUUGCACUAAAACUGGAAAUCUCUCAGAUUGUGAGUUGCAUGUUUUAUAAUAAAACAUGAGAAUAUACCAAACACCUUUCCCAUCACAAAGGUGUGAAACUGAAAAUUGAUGUUUCCUUGUACAUAGCUGCAAAUAUUAUCAAAUGGAAUAUAUAUAUAUAUAUAUUUAUAUAUAUGACAUUUAAAUAAGAUUUUCAGAUGGCAGCUCCCACAAGUAAACUCCCAAACCAUGUAUAUCAAUGUUUACAUGUACACAGAGAUGAUUUAUAACUUUUAUAUAUCCCGUCCUACUUUGUGUGUAUGGGUUGGUCUCUAGAUGUCGAUUUUGUCCGUUAUUAGACCAAAUGAGGCACACUAAUGUCCAUUCGUACAUAUCUAUGAAAGAGAGCCUGCUACCAUGUGUGAUGUGUCUUUGCUGUGUGAAUAUAUGGUUGCGUGUGUAUGAGGGGAGGCUGGCACUGCCCUUGUUUACCUAUGUUGUGCUUUACCUGUUUGCAUACAUGACGUUAAGUGUGGCGCUGUCUGUACAUGCUGUGUGUGUGUGUGCCUUGGGCAGGCUGGUACUACCCUUGCAAUACAUGUGCUGGGUACACAUGUAUGUUCUCGCAUUGUUUCAGAAGGUGAACUACCGAUAUCUGCCAUGUGUGCUACACCCAUACAAAUAUACCUACUUCACCAUUUAUCUGCAUCACCAGAAUACUAUACUGAAUUUACUGAAAUAAAUAUUUGUUGUAGUCAUGAA